GGGACGGUGCUGAGGGGCAGUGAAGUGACUCGGGGUGAAGGGAAUGCCCGAGGGGACAGAGAGAGCCCGGGAGAGGCCCUGUGGCCUAAGGCUCCAGCCCUCUGGCAAAGGCUGGCCGCGGGGGGUGCCCCAGUCAAGGGAGUAACCAACGGACUGGAAGUCUCGAAGGAGCCGUGAGGUGAACGCACGCGCUGGGUGCCAGAUGCCCGGGAGGCCGUGGUGGGAACCAGAACACAAACAUAUCGAGCUGGUAAUCUAAUGAGAAAUGGCGGAUCGUCCCCCGGCCUCCCUGUAUGUGAGAGACGGGGCCGGCGCCUCGGACGGAGCCGGGCCGCGGCAGGGCUGAGCCGGGCCGCCGCGGGACGAGCCUCCGGAGGCUUCGGGAGCGCUUCCUUCCCAGCGCCCGACCGCCGAGCGGCAGCCCCAGCAUGGAAGCCAUCGCCAAGUACGACUUCAAAGCCACCGCGGAUGACGAGCUGAGCUUCAAACGGGGGGAUAUCCUUAAGGUUUUGAAUGAAGAAUGCGAUCAGAAUUGGUACAAGGCAGAACUCAAUGGAAAAGAUGGCUUCAUUCCCAAGAACUACAUAGAAAUGAAACCACACCCGUGGUUUUUUGGAAAGAUUCCCCGAGCAAAGGCUGAAGAGAUGUUAGGCAAACAAAGACACGACGGUGCCUUCCUUAUCAGGGAGAGUGAGAGCGCUCCUGGGGACUUCUCCCUCUCAGUCAAGUUUGGAAAUGAUGUGCAGCACUUCAAGGUGCUUAGAGAUGGGGCUGGCAAAUAUUUCCUCUGGGUGGUGAAGUUCAAUUCUUUGAACGAGCUGGUAGAUUAUCACAGAUCCACAUCUGUCUCCAGGAACCAGCAAAUAUUUCUCCGGGACAUUGAACAGGUGCCACAGCAACCAACAUACGUUCAGGCCCUGUUUGACUUUGAUCCCCAGGAGGAAGGAGAGCUGGGCUUCCGUCGGGGAGACUUUAUCCAAGUCCUUGACAAUUCUGACCCCAACUGGUGGAAGGGAGCCUGCCACGGACAGACGGGCAUGUUUCCACGCAACUACGUGACCCCGGUGAACCGGAACAUCUAGAGAUAAAUAUUAGAGAUUAUUUAAAGAAACCAGAGAAACAGUAAAUACACAUACAGAGCCUAACUGCAGCCAGUGACCUAAAAUCACACGGCGAUAAAACCUGAGUCAUCUUUCACCGUGAGGUGAUCCUCCUUCACUCAGUACGGAACUUGUGGGGGGGGGUGGGGGGGCAGGGGCAGGUGGCAGGGUUGGGGGGGGAGGCAGGGAAGAGUUCAACUUACACACCAAAACUUAUCUUUAAAAAAAAAAAAAAAAAAAAAAAAAGAAAAAGAGAAAGAGAAAAAAUGAAAAUAACAAAUUUCCUCAGCUGCUCCUGGGUUACCCCCUUUUGUUCACUCUUCUUGUUUCCCCUUCCUCCUCUGUCCAUCAGUGCAUGAAGUUUUAAUGCCAUAUAAAGUCCUACCCAUGCAGUUAAAGGAAAAGGGAGAAACUCUGCUGGUAUUUUCUCUCUCUGCAAAUGGUCUUCAUUUGACAUGAAGGGACAUGAGAGAAGAACCAAAUCCACAGUCCUGCCUUUAAAAAAAAACAAAAAUCAUCAGUCUCUGCUUUUGCCUUCAACAUUCAGCUCUUCUUGCCUGGGAAAGAUGAGUUAUUAAUCGAAUUUUUAUUGUCUCUUCUCCUCUGGCACUUUCUUCUCAAGCUCAGCAGCUUGCAAGCAGAGGAAGGGAGAAGAGUUCUGUGGCUUUUUGUUCUGUGUUGGGUUUUUUUUUUUUUGAGUCACAGACCUGCUUUUGAGAAGCUCCAAUGUACAACUGAAGUCUGUUAAUGCUGCGCUGACAGCUUUUUUGUUUUUUCUUAAAGGUGUACGGUUGAGCACAUUCUGUAAUUUUUUCCAUAGUGCCUUUCCCUUAUUUUCUUUUUUAUUAUUUCUUACGUUAAAAGGACAGUCCAGAGCUUUUCAGAGGGGGUUUUUUUUCUGCCUAUGUGUAAAUAAAUACUUUUGGGGGAAGGGUGUAAAAGAGGGUUGAUUUUAUCAAUGGACAUUUGAGAAAAAUCUACAAACAGAGAUGGAGCUUUAAUCUUAAGAUUUGUCUUACUGUUCAAUUUCCCUUGUUCCAAGGGAAAUAAAAUCACGGCAUUCAAGUGGCAGCUUAGGCUGCUGUGAGAGGUGGGGAGCUGCAACCAGGAGCCUCAAAAGAAGUAAGAGAAAGGGGGAAGUUAUGACCAGGGAUAAUGAGGAAGAAUAUUUUGGGGAGGGAGGGUUAAGGGGGAAAUUUGAGAAAUAAUAGCCCUGAGAUGUCCUAUUAAAUGUACAUUCCUUUGAUGGAAAACUUUAUAAUGCAGAGAAACCUCAAGAAAAAUAGUGCUUGAAAAAACUUUAUGCUAUUAGUGAAUGUUUCUACAUGAUGCAUGUAAUCAGCCUGUCUCUUUGGCCUGGAUAAGGAAUAUUUGCAGUCGUGUCGCUCUUGAAAAGUGGGGUUGCCAUCACUGUUCUCCAGUUUCUCCUCCCUCCUCAGGUCAGUGUUACUGUUGAAGUAGAUUCCCCCCACCCCGCUCCCCAUUCACAGCAGGCUGUGUGAUGACUGUAAUCCCCACCCCGCACCAUAAUGGCAUUUAUUGUGGCCAUUUGCUCCUCCACCAGAGCAGUGUGACAUUAAAUUGGACGGAAAGGAAAGCAAUCAGCUCGCACCGCUCUCUGUGCCAAUCUUCAGUUGCGUUAUUUUUCCUUUCAAUGGCCAUUUGGCUGGAUCACCCCACCAACGAAUCCAAAAACUACAGCGGAGAUCUCCUCCCGCCCUGGCUAAGCACGGGCAAUCUUUUGUUGGAGGGUGCCUUUUUUUGUACUAAGUGUUACAAAUGUUUUAUUCCUGAGAUGGACUCUGCCUUACACUUUAAUUUUCCAGCAGAUGAAAGAGAGAGCUAUCCUGUAGAGUAUUACUUUCUCCCCCUCUCCUUGCUAGCUGUUACUCACUUUCUUCCUUCUUUGUAAAGUGAUUGGAAAAGGAAUCUAUGGCAUUCUACACCUGGACCAUUUGAUUGUUUCCUUAUUUUGGAAUUGGUGUAUAUCAUGCAGCCUUGCAGACAUAUGUCUUGUGUGUGUAUAUAUAUUAAAAAAAAAAAAUCAGUGUUUAAAUAAAAAAGGCCUAUGUACUUAAUCCUUUAACUCUGCAGCAGCAUUUGGUAGAUAGUAAUUAACUGUGAAUAAUAAAUAUACAUUGAAUUCUUCA